GCGGAAGUAGGUCACAGGACUUUCCGGCUAGCAAGAGCAUGCUUCUUCUUUUUUAAGCUAGUUAGCCAGAUAGCCUUACAUUUAUAGAAAAAAUCGUUCAACUUUAUGAAUUUUUAAUUCUUUUUUUUCUGGCUUGACGUUGUAUAUCAAUACAAAAAUGAAUAUUCGUAACGCGAGGCCGGAGGACCUUAUGAACAUGCAACAUUGCAAUCUGCUAUGUCUUCCUGAAAAUUAUCAGAUGAAAUAUUACUUCUAUCAUGGGCUGUCCUGGCCACAGCUGUCAUAUAUAGCAGAGGAUGAAAACGGAAAGAUAGUGGGAUAUGUCCUGGCCAAGAUGGAGGAGGACCCAGACGAUGUCCCCCACGGACACAUCACAUCCCUGGCGGUGAAGCGCUCCCACAGGCGCCUGGGUCUGGCCCAGAAGCUGAUGGACCAAGCCAGCCGGGCUAUGAUCGAAAACUUCAACGCCAAAUACGUCUCCCUCCACGUGAGGAAAAGUAACCGAGCAGCCUUACACCUGUACUCCAACACACUGAAAUUCCAGAUAAGCGAGGUCGAGCCCAAGUACUAUGCAGAUGGGGAGGAUGCCUAUGCCAUGAAGAGAGACCUUGCCCACAUGGCUGAUGAGGUCCCACAGUUGAGAAAGCCAGGGGUGCGCGUGUCCGGGCAGGACGCCUCCUCAGCCCAGUUGGCGUCCGGUGACCAGGAGAGAGACGGAGAGCGUGACAGUGGAGGAGAGGGCAAAGAGCUGAGUGAGGUCAGCGAGGCCACGGAGAGCACGGACGUCAAAGAUUCAUCCUCCGACUCGCAAUGACUCAUCUUAACCUUUGACCCCAGGGUACCUUUUUUAGGGUACAUUUUUCUUUUACAGACAGAAAUAAGGAUUUGGCAUCAUUGUAAUAAUCAGAGCCAUUUUCACAUAGCAAUAUGCAAUAUUUUUUUCAACAACAGUUUUUUUCUCGCGAGUAACCAAGUACGGAACUUGAGUGGGGCUUAAUUCUAUGUUUGGGAGAUAAAAAGAAAUGUUAAAUUUGAAACUGAUUAUAAAGUAUUUAUUGGAUGUGAUGGUAUCAUCACUUCAGCAACAACCUCAACUCAUUUUAAAAACAAGUUGGCUAUUUGAUUGCCUCGAUCAAUAUUUUCAGUCAAGUAUUCUAUCAAAAUAAAAGUUUAGAUGAAUGAC